CGGCGCCAUAUUAAAUUUGAACCAAGCAAGCUUUGAGCCGGUCAGUAGUGUUUUCGACGUUGGUGUUGAUCGUUUGGGAGAAAUAAGUAAAAAAAACUUCAAAUACACCAAACAAAAUGAGUACAAAGGAAAACAAAGAAGUUGCAGUUGAAAAACUGGAAAAUGACAAGGGUGCCGAUGCGAAAUGUGAAUUAAAGGGAACGAAAAGAGCAGCUGAGGACAAAACGGACGAUGCCAAAAAAGCGAAAAAAGAGGAAAAUGGUGCUAAUUCGGAAGGCGAGGAAUUAGAUGAAGAGGAGGAAGAAGUCCUUGAGGAGGAGGACACGGGGGAGGAAGAAAUUCCUGAAGGCGAAGACGAGGAAAUUGAAGGUGAAGAAGAUGACGAGGAAGAUGUAGAAGGUGAAGAAGGGGUAGAUGAAGAGGAGGACGAUGCAUAAUAGAGCAGGGACGCCGUCUGCCCUGUGAAAAUGAUAUGUGACGGACAAUCUCAGUGCAAAUUCAAGAGUUACUUUGUGGCCAAGCAACUCUUAGUUUUUCAUAUUAAUUUUUUCCGUUUGAAGUAAAUUGUGUGCCUCAAGAGUCGGUUUCAUCAUUGCAUUAUGGUAUGUCACACCCCCAUCACGUCAGAAUGAAUUUUCUUCAGCCGGAUUAUGAACACACUUUUUUGUCUACCAUUCAACUGUACAUCUUGCCACAAAUUAGCUCCAAAUCUGCUGCUGGUUUACAGUGACCGUGCGAUGUGUGAACGCUAGCCGCGGUACCUGACUCUUCUAACUUAUUACUUAACUAUCCUCCCUUCGAUUUGUAAAAAUGUCCAUUUUAUGUAAAUGAUAGAUAUAAAUUUAGUUUAAGUUUUGUUUUCUUUCGUCAGACAGUCUCUUUGUUUUUGUACAAAAUCAGUUUUUUUGAUUUUUCUUUCAUUUUCCAACAUUUCACAUUUUAUUUUUUAUAACGGAGAAAAUUGGGUUUGUUGCUAUUGUGUAAUGAGAUCAGUGUGACAGGAGUAUCGAUGAAGGGCAAUAAAGUUUAAAACAUUAGUAGGCUAAAGUUUUAGGAAUUAGUCUAAAGUCAAUGAUUUUUUUUAGAUACUUGUGAGUUCUUAUAAGUAUAAGUCAUGUAACUGGUUACAUUUUGGAUGUUUGUGUUUCUUUUUUUUAAAUGGCGGUGUUUGUAAUGCAUUAUAUUUUUAAAGUCACUGCCAAAUGUUUGUCGAAUUAUACAGAAAACUCUACAGAUGAGCGAAUUACACAUUCGAUGGUCGCGUUUUAUUAGUCCGAUAUCUUUUUAGUAAUUUUUUCUUUCGCUUAAUGCCUGUCUAUUUUUGAAGUCUGUCGUCGCGCCGUUAUCCGCUGUGUUCAUGUCGACAGGAAUUUGGUGCAAAGUGUUGAUAGCUAGCAGAGUUUUUCGUAUAAUUGUGUUGUCAUUUGGAUUCAACCUCAUUCCAACCCAUGAUUUUUUUCGACAACUAUUAAUUGGACAAUUGCGCGUCGAUUCAAUAUAUUUUUAAUAAGAAAAAUGUUUCACUAAAAAAUUUGUCUAAUUAACGUUCGGUAAUUUGUAACUCUAUGGUGUAUGAUUUUUUGAAUGAUAAACAAUGGAUACAAAUUGUUUCAUAA